AUCUGAGAACAAACUUGUCGUUUUUGGCCGCGGAUGGCGAACUUGCAAGACAAUGUGGAGUUCUUCCACGCCUUCAUGGCAGAGGCGCACAACAUCUGCGAACGGGAAGAGGCUGCGAAGAGAGGAGCUUUCCCCCCGGAAAGCCAGCGGAGGCACAAGCGGCUGAGACCCACGCCGGACUUCAUCGACUGGACGUCGCCGGACGGCCCUGCGAUUGAAGACCUCGACCUCAGCGACAACGUCAUCUUCUUCCACGCCUUCUUCCGCGAGGUCCGUCGGAUAUGCGAGAAGGAGGAACAGAUGGAGGCUGCUGAAAGGAGGGAGGCUGAAAGGAGGGCUGAGAAGAUCGAGGCUGAAAGAAGGCGCUCGCCGGAGCCCGCGAAGCCGGGCCAGCGCAGGAGAAACGGGAAGAGAUCCCGCAAAGCGGAGCGAAGCGCUCCACACCUGGAGAGGGCAGAGCCACUUCGCCCACCCGUGCAGACAGGCGCCGACAUCUUCAACUCCGGGAAGGAUGUGCAACCGUGUGCGCUUGGCCCCGUUGCCCAGCCCAGCCCAUCGUCUGCAGAUGCCAAAGAGCCCGCGGAAGCGGCGCAGGCUGUUGGCGGCAAGGGCAAGGCUCCGGGCCUGGUGGUUUUCAGCAAGGCCAAGUGCAGGCGCCCAACGCCGAGCAUCGGCCUAGGUGAGCACAGCUCAGAGAGCCAGAACUUGGAGGAGGCAGCGCAGAAGCGCCAAGAGAGAGAGGAGGCCAAGGCGGAGCUCGUGCAGGUGGUGGCGCAGCAGGAGAAGAGCCAGGCGCAGAUUGACCGGCUGCAGCGUGCCAUCGAGCGCGCCAGCGCCGCGGGCCUGGAAAGUGAGUUCAUCGAGAUUGGGAGGCAGAGCGUUUGUAACAUCUGGGAUGCCCUGGCUGAUGCGGAGGCAGCGCGCAAGCAGAAGGAGGCACAGCAACUGAAGUUGGAGGAGGAAGCACAGAAGCGCCAAAUGGAGAAAGACCAGGCGAAGGCGCGGCUAGAGGAGGUUUUGGCAGAGAAGGAGAAAAGCCAGACUCAGAUUGACCGGCUGAAGCGUGCCAUCGAGUAUGCCACCGCAGCAGGCCUCGAAAGUGACCUCAUCGAGGUCGCCAACCAGAGGGUCAGUGACAUUUGGAGCGCCCUGGCAGAUGUAGAGGAGGAGCGCAAGCAGAAGGCGAUGGCGGAAGCGCGGAAACGGAUGGAGAAAGAGCAGGCGAAGACGUGGCUAGAGGAGGUUCUGGCAGAGGAGGAGAAAAGCCAGACUCGGAUCGGCCGGCUAAACCAUGCUCUCGAGCGUGCCGCCGCAGUAGGUCUGGAAAGCGAGCUCAUCGAUACCGCUCAGCAGAAGGUCUGCGACAUUUGGAGUGCCCUGGCAGAUGAAGAGGAGGAGCGCAAGCAGAAGGAGGCACAGCAGGCGCUGGCGAGCCAGGAGCCGGAGCUGAAGGGCGAGGCGCCGGCGAGCGCCGCCGUCCAGAGCCUCCCCGGUUCCAUGGAGGGCUCCUUGCCGAGCUCUCCGGUCGGCGAACCGGAGCCGAGUAUCCAUGAGACGCGUCACCAGCCGGAGACGCCGAAGCCGGAGCAGCCUGAGCCUUCGCCCGCGAGCAGCACAGCCAGUUCGACCAAUUCCGCAAAGCUGAAGACAGACAUCCCCGAGGUGGUCUUGGUGGAAGAUGGCGACGAAGUUGAGAUCCAGCCGUUACGGCAGCCUGCCCUGAGAAAGAUGAAGUCGGAUGUCUUGGAAAGACCGCACUGCCUAAACUCGGAUGUCUCUGAAAAGCCGCACUUGGUGCUGGACAUCGACCACGUCUUGGUCAACGCCAUGCCGGCAAGCCGCUGCCGCAUGGAGCCCGUCUCAGAGGAUGUGGUGCAAUGGCAGGAGGCAGACCUCCACUUCAUCAAGCUCCGGCCUUUCGUCCUGAGCUUUCUGAAGUCGAUGCAAUGUAUUUUUCAUCUCUACCUCUGCAGUUUGGGCUCCCGGCCCUACGUGGAGCGGGUGCGCCAAGCCUUGGAGUCCCAGGGUCAGCUCUUCCGGGACAUUCGGAGCAAGGAGUCCUUCGAACGAGCCAGCCAGAAGGACUUGAACAACUGGGGCCUGCCGCUGCAUCGAACCGUGAUUGUUGAUGAUCGACAUGAUGUGUGGAAUUCUUAUGGUGAUUUCCUGAAGCGGUCAGGACAAGUAUCUCCAGCGUUCAUUUUGGCUUCGAAAUACACUUUCCUUGAAGAUGCUUAUGGACCACCGCUGGACGAUACUGACAGGUUUUUGCCAACUCUCGGGAGGCACCUCCAGCAGCUCCACCACACCAUGGGAAAUCGGCACAGUGCACGCACGGUGAUGCCCCAGCUGCGCAAGGAGUUUCUGUCCAGCCUACGCAUCUUGAUUCACCCGCCACUGGACGGCCUGAAGCGAGAUGCGGAAAGUCUGGGCGCCAAAAUCGUGGUGACCAAAAGUUCGGCUGAGCUGGACGACGUGCACGUUAUGCUCGUAUCUGGCCCGAACAGCAAGAAUAGCCUGAUUACCAUGGCCAGGGAGAAGAAUAUUCCUGUGGUGGGCAGAGAAUGGCUGGCAUUCUGCGGCCAUAGCUGUGCAUUGAGACAUCCGCAGCCCUUUGAAUGGGGCCAGAAUACAAACUCGCGCGCUGCAAUCGCCAGAGCUUGGAAUACCCCAGAGGGGCUGAUAGUGCUUCAGCAGCUUGAGAAUUUGUGUGCAUCCCGCAAGAUCACCGUAGGUGGGCAUUGAGAU